GACUGGCAGGGUGCGGUCUCGAGUGGCAACUGAUCGCUUGGUUCGCUCAAAUUCCCCAUUUCAAUUGGAAAAGCAAAGCGGAAGUGAGAAGCCACUGAGAAGGAACCUUUUGGAGUCCGGGACAAACGGACAAGAAGGACAAAUGCCAGAACCCGUAGUGGUCCUCCUCGUUUGACAUUGACAGUUCUUCAGUGGCAAAACCACAGCACCAAGAAGACAAUCUGCGACCACAGGUCACAACAGAAGAUCGACUUUGAACCUGUUUAUUUAAAUAACCAUACUUUACAACUCCAUGCCCAUAUCUAUUGGGUCCCGACUGGAAGAAAGACGUUACAGUUACGCCGCAGCGUUUGGACAACACCAUACGCGGACGACAGAGACAUCGAACUUUUACCCCGCUGCUGGUACCAUAAAACGCAUUCGGUUAAAAUUGUUGUAUUUUUUGGGGGCUUUUAUGGACAGUUGCUGUGCGCAAGUAUGAUGUCGUGGAUUAGACCGAUACAAUAUUAAAGAUUCGGUCCUCUACCCCCCCCCCAUCCCUUACCCUGUGGGGGAAACAAGACGUAUCCAGAGGGAGAGGGUAGCUUGAGACACCACGGCGACCUGUGCCACCUUACCACUCCGCGUCGGAGUGCCAGUGCCCGGCCCGGCCGGUCUGGGUGGGAUGCGUCGCUCCGUGCUUGUGGGCCUCUUCAUGGGGUGCACCCUGCUGCUCGCACCUGUAACGGAGGGCUGUGGGCCGGGGAGGGGAUAUGGCAAGAGACGUCCGCCGAAGAAGCUCACACCCCUCUCUUAUAAGCAGUUCAGCCCAAACGUUGCCGAGAAAACACUGGGCGCCAGUGGCAGACAUGAAGGCAAAAUAACGAGAAAUUCAGAACGAUUCAAAGAGCUCACUCCCAACUAUAACCCUGAUAUCAUAUUUAAAGACGAGGAGAAUACGGCUGCCGAUCGACUUAUGACCCAGCGUUGUAAAGACAAGCUGAACUCCUUGGCCAUCUCUGUGAUGAACAUGUGGCCUGGGGUGACGCUGAGAGUGACAGAAGGAUGGGACGAGGACGGGCACCACUCAGAGGACUCCCUCCAUUAUGAGGGAAGAGCGGUGGACAUCACCACGUCUGACCGGGACAGGAACAAGUACGCCAUGCUGGCUCGCCUGGCUGUGGAGGCUGGCUUCGACUGGGUCUAUUACGAGUCCAAGGCCCACGUGCACUGCAGUGUCAAAUCAGAGCACUCAGUAGCAGCUAAGACCGGAGGUUGUUUCCCAGGUCGUUCCCUGGUGACGCUGGAAGACGGGAGCAGCAGGGCGGUUCAGGACCUCCAGCCGGGUGACCGUGUCCUGUCCUCCUCGGGGGUUGAUGGGAGCGGAGGAGAGCUUGUCUACAGUGAGUUCCUGACCUUCCUGGACCACGAGCCUGCAGCCAGGAAACAGUUCUACGUGUUGGGAACAGAGACGGGAGCGAACCUGACCCUCACCGCGGCUCAUCUUGUGUUCGUGACCGAGGGUAACUGUUCAGUCGGCGAAUCGUCCAAUGGGGUUGUCACACGGACUAUGUACGCCAGCGACGUACGGCCAGGGCAGUGUGUGCUGACCGCAGGUGGAGACAAGGGACUACAAGCCCACCUCUCCCCAGUCGCCUGGAUCCACAUCCAGGUGGACAUCGGGGCCUUCGCCCCCCUGACACGCCACGGCUCACUGGUGGUGGACGGCGUUUUAGCCUCGUGCUACGCUGCUAUGGACCAGCACCACAUGGCGCACUGGGCAUUUGGUCCCCUCCGCCUGCUGUACAGCUGGACUGGCCUAGGGACUAUACAAGGGGACGGACUACACUGGUACUCACGGGUCCUGUAUUGGAUAGGAACCUUCCUACUGGACCCUGGACACUUCCACCCCUGGGGGGUGGUCACGAAUGAUGUGGAGAGAUAGAGAGUGAGAACAGAGAGACAGGGAGGAGAACAGAGAGAACAGAGAGACAGGGUAGAGAACAGAGAGACAGGGUGGAGAACAGAGAGAACAGAGAGACAGGGUAGAGA